UGCGAUCCCACCUAUACAUUUUUAUGUUGGUUAUUGCUACAUCGUUUUAUUGGCGAGACAUUUCCAAUUUCACCUCUACUUAUCUAGAACACAAAAGCUCAUCAAAAUGCCACUAGGACCAAAAACAUACUGUUCUUCAUGCAAGACAUCGGUCACAUGUAUGUGGAGGAAAAAGAAAUCAGGCUCUGUAGUCUGUAACGGGUGUUAUUUAAAGAAUAAUAGCGACGAUUCUCAGAACAAUUCUGGUCAUGCUGGUGGCAGUGGCAACAACAAUGGAAACGGAAAAUCGAGUGGAAAUGGAUCAGGAGGAGGGAAAAGUCAAGCAGGGAGAAAGACAGGAAGGACAGCCAAGAGGAUACGAUAUAGGCAGAUUGUCAAUGCAGCAAAAUCGCAAUCAACUAAAGGGAAGAAUCGGCGAAUUAUAUUUAAGAAAAAUCCUCUGAAGAGUCCAGCAACGGUGUCCACAAUUGUGACCUCAGGCAGUGUUUUCCACCAGGGUACUUACUUCCAAGUUGGUGACAUUGUAUCCCUGCUCGAUGUAGAAGGAGGCAUAUACUAUGCUCAACUGCGAGGAUUCAUGCAAGAUCAGUACGCCCAGAAAAGUGCUAUCAUCACUUGGCUCCUUCCAACACAGGCUACUAACAAGAACAAGUUUGAUCCAGCCACAUAUAUUCUAGGACCUGAGGAAGAGCUACCUCGCUCAUUAGAGUUUAUGGAGUUUGUAUGCCACGCCCCAUCAGACUACUACCGCCUUGUCAAGAGUCCGUACCCUGUAGUACCCGUACGAGGGGAACGAGGAUUCGUAUGGUCCAGUGUGCUUCCUAGCAGCAAACCCUCAACAACAAAUGUCUUCGGCGAGACGUGACAAAGCUUUCAGUAUUAUCUUGAUUGAACAGACAUUUCUGUGAACUCUUUGAAACUGGCUGACAGAACUUGUGAGACCUUAAGAUAUCAUAUUGUGAUGUACUUAUCAGUGAUGUUCUUAUCAGUGAUUUUCUUAUCAGUGAUGGAAAUUGGAAUCUUUGACACAGAUGACAUGAUUGGACCAUAUUAGUGCUCUAAACCAUAUGAAUGUGAUUGUUAUGGUAAGAAUGUGUUGGAUGGUGAGUGCCAACAGUGAAAAAUGAUACAUAUGAGUGGAAAGUGAUGUAGCUCUGAGGAAACUACAAUGAAAUGUAUAAAAAAUACCUAAGAGGAAAUCUCUCUCCUUCAUACCGUGUAUAAAUGCUCCUGUGAAAUAAUGGAACCUUUUUUGAACACCUAUGUAAAUGGCGAAAAUAGAGUGGCACAGAACAUUGUGAAUGCUCAGGUCGGAUUAAUAGGGUGGUUUCACAAUUAACAGCUCCCCCACCAGCAAAAUGCUGCGACAGGCCAAGUUUUCAGCUCGUUGGUCAACAUCUUUCAUCCAGUACAGCAUAGCAAAAAGCUAGCCACUGAUCGACAUGACCCAAGCGGUCCAAACUGUAAAUUCAUUCAUUGAGAUUGAUUGUUCUGAUAUCAGCACACAUGUUUAUUUUGAAUGAGGAUGUCGAUUCCCAUCCCUAGGUUGAUUCUGACCUAAAUUCGGGCUGAUGUUGGACUAAAAUCAAUAAAAAUUGUAUUUUACAAAUUUUUGGCCUAAAAGUGUCUGAAUUGACCAUAUUGUUGUUGAUGAGGGUCAAUUUGACCAAUUUUUCUAGCAUUGUGGUGUAUGUUUACAUAAAAGUAGGCCCAUCAAAUCUCUUUUGCUGAUUACAAUGGUUGGAAAAAUUAGCCCUGAACCAAAGUGACCAUCAAAAAAAAGAAGCCAAAAUGAUAAAAAUGUCAUGAGUAGGGAAAGACAAAAUUAAACGGCAAAAUUGUUUUGCUAGAUGGUGCUGUGAAUUGUGAAUCCACUGUAUUGUUCCAUUCUUUGUUGACCUAUCGUAUACCCUGAAUCUAAAUCUCAACAAUACUCUUAUCCUUAUGGAUACACAGUAUAGACUUUAUAAAACAGUCUGUGAGCAGUUUGUACUUCUUUUUGCUCACCUCCUGUGUAAAUUUUGAAUAUACAGUGUAUAAGAACCGUUGGCUCUCUUUAUGCCCAUGCCAUGCUGGACUCCUUCCUGACUAAAAUAGUCAAAAUGAGCCUAAAAAAUAAUAGAUACAUGUAUCAUUCAAUCACAUACCUCAGGCAUUACUAAUGAUUAUAGAAUGACAUACCAAUUGUACUGGUAAGUCAAGUUUAGGUCAUUGUUUAAAAACAUUGCUUUCUCCAGAUAAAUAAAAUGCAUGGGUAUGUUGCUUGCUGAGAAGAAGGGUUGAUGCUACUUUGUGCUUACUGAUGUCUUGUCUUGAGCUUUUUUCCCUUUCUUUUAGGUGUGUAUGGAUGAUUGCUUUCAAACUUGGCAUGAACUGUCAAAAGAUGGUAUCCAAUAAUUCUUCAUCUAAAACACACACUGUGAGGUACAGGCAAGAUAUUAAGUGCCAUUAGACUUGUUACAUUUUUCGCCUGUAAAUCUGAAAUGAAUCUUGCUUGUGAAAAGUGUAUGUGAAUAAUUCAUUGCCUGUUUCUAAGGAAUUGCUAGUUUUAUAAUGCCUAGAUUUAGAAGUAUUAUCUCUAUGCAAUGAGAGGAUAUAAGUAUGAACAAAUAAAAGUAGAAAAACAGCUUGACCAUUAUUUAUAUCUUGUUGGCAAAUUCAAUGAUAUAUAUGCUUCUUUGUUAAAUUUGAUAUGAGCAAAAUAUUCCCCGGUACCGAAUAACAAAUUAUUGCAUUAUCUUUCCCUGAAUGUAACACAAGUUAUUUUAUUUAUAUAAAAUAAAGGCUACAGCCGUGAGUCGUUACUUUGUUGCACAAACUUCAGACAUGCUUUUGAGGAUUUUAUUAGCAUCAUAUAUCUGGAAAGCAUGUAUGAAAUUGUAUACACUCACUGUUAAACUUUCUUUACUAUCAUAUAUCUUUAAAUGAUACCUGAUAAUAAAAUGCUUCUUGGAAUUUGACUGUAAUUCUGUAAACAGUAAAUUUAUACCACGGAAAGAAACUUGUCAAAGGAUUUUCGCAAAUGUACUGUAAAUUUGUCAGAUUUCAGACACACAAGUAGGUAGAAUGUUCAACUGCGUUUUUUUCUUCUUCACAAAGCUGAAAGAAAUAUAAAUACAAUAUGCCUGUCAUUAUCAAACUUAUUAUUUUUGAAAGUAUAAUGAAUUUUGUCUGGUUCUUCUUUCAGGAGAUUGAA